AUGGCUACAUUGUGCAUAGCAACACUUGGUAGUUCUGUUUUACCAAGGAGUCCAUCACCGGCUCAUUUGGGUUCCUUACAGAGACCAAACCAAUUCAUUACUGGCCCUAUUGGGGGAGUCCCAUAUCUGAAGAGUGCAAGGAAGGGUUCGUCUUCGUCUCCUCCUUUUACCAUAAGAUGCUUGAAAGGUGUUGCUGCCCCUACACCCGAUAUUCUUAGUCGCUUUUUCAAUGGAGGAGUUACCCCAACCCCUAUUCCAGACCCAAGAGCCGUUACAAGGCAAGACUUCCCUCCUGAUUUUAUUUUUGGCUGCGUCUCUUCUGCUUUGCAGACGGAAUCAUCGGCAACAGAAGGAGGGAAAGGAUCUAGCACUUGGGAUUCUAUGCUCGAAGGUGGAAUUGGAGUCGACUCAUACAAUCGAUACCUAGCAACUCAAAAAGGAGAGAUUGGUAUUCCACUGGUGACCCAAUGGUUUGAGGCAUAUGAACCCGGGCGACCUGAUAAAGAUGCAGCUAUGAGAGCGUUUGACUUUCAGAUGGGAUGGGCGGGAACAGACAUCAAAGGUUACCUCGUGGGCUUUGAUGGAUUGUAUGGAAGUGGGAUCAAUUUAUAA